AUGGUCCGGUACCGCGUGAGGAGCCCCAGCGAACACCCGAACCAGGGGUUCAGGCAAGAAGGGCAUGGGCAGGACGAGGGCCAGAGCCCAGAGAGCAUUGAGGUCUAUGGAAGGACCUACCGAGGCCGCCGCUAUAGGCGCAGGCACUGCUCUCGGAGGAGACUGUACCGGAUCCACAGACGGCGGCGCCGCUCCUGCCGGAGGCGCAGGAGACGCAGCUGCAGGCACAGGAGGAGGAGAGGCUGCAGAAGGAGGAGGAGAAGAUGUAGAAGACGCUACUAA